AUGAAAAAGCUGACUGUCCCCGAGGAGCGUUUGUUCCGGCAGAAUAGCUUGUCCUGCGUACAAUUUUUUUUAGCACAUAAUUUUAUGGCUUAUUUGUAUAAAGAAGGAUCUAUGAAUUCUUAUUCUUCAAAUGUUCAGACUCAAUGCUACUACCAGGGACAUAUUGAAGGAUAUCCAAGUUCUGUCGUCACACUCAGCACAUGCUCUGGACUGAGAGGAAUACUGCAAUUUGAAAAUGUUUCUUAUGGAAUCGAGCCUCUGGAAUAUACAGAGGAAUUUCAGCAUCUUCUUUAUAAAUUAAGGAAUGAAAACAAUGGACUUGCAGUACUUACUGAAAAUAACCGAGGCAUAGAACAAAACCCAAGGGCCUAUAACUUUUUUAUAAGUGAAAAAUCAGAAUCAGCUGUUCCAGAUUUAAUUCCUCUUUAUCUAGAAGUGCAUAUUGUGGUGGACAAAGUUUUGUAUGAUUACUUGGGCUCUGAUAGCAUGAUUAUAACAAAUAAAAUCAUCGAAAUUAUUGGCCUUGUAAAUUCGAAGCUUAUAAUCUGCUAUAAAGAUUAUCCAGAUUAUGUGGGAGCAACGUUUCCUGGAAAGAUGUGCAUUACCCAUUAUUCUGCAGGAAUUGCUUUGUAUCCCAAGGAGAUAACUUUGGAGGCAUUUUCAGUUAUUUUCACCCAGAUGCUGGGAAUCAGUCUUGGAAUAUCAUAUGAUGACCCAAAGAAAUGUCAGUGUUCAGGAGCUGUCUGUAUAAUGAAUCCAGAAGCUAUUCAAUCCAGUGGUGUGAAGACUUUUAGCAGUUGCAGUUUGAGUGACUUUGAAAAUUUCAUUUCAAAAAUGGGUGCCAGAUGUCUUCAGAAUAAGCCACAAAUGCAAUCAUCUGCGCAAUCAACGUGUGGCAACCGCAGAUUGGAGGGCAAUGAAGUCUGUGACUGUGGCACUGUGGAACAAUGUGGACCUCUUACCUGUUGUGAUCCUCCAACUUGUACACUGAAAGCAGGAGCACAAUGUCAUGAAGGAUUGUGCUGCAAGAGCUGUAACAUUUCAGGAAGAGGUGUUCUAUGUAGGCCGACAGCACAUUCUGAAUGUGAUUUACCUGAGUAUUGUGAUGGAGUCUCACCACAGUGUCCACCUGAUAUAACUUUUCACGAUGGAAAGUUAUGUAAAGGAGAAUAUUUUUGUUAUGGUGGAGAAUGCCAAGAUCUUGAUGCACGUUGUCAGAGCCUAUUUGGAGCAGGUUCAAGAAAUGCUCCAUUUGCCUGCUAUGAAGAAAUACAAAAUCAUAAUGAUAGAUUUGGGAACUGUGGUAAGAAAUCAGGCAGAUAUAUAUUCUGUGGAUGGAGGAAUCUUAUAUGUGGAAAAUUAAUUUGUACCUACCCUUCUACAAAACCUUACUAUCAAGAAAAUGGUGCUGUGAUUUAUGCUUUUGUACGAAAUACUAUAUGUAUAACUCUAGACCUCCAAGUGAAUGAUCCAGAUCCAAUGUUGGUCCAUAGUGGCGCUAUUUGUGAUGAUGGCAGGUUGUGUGUGGAUCGGCAAUGUGUAGAAGCAAGGUUCCUCCAGAGCCAAUUGCACAAUUGUUCAGCAAAGUGCCAUGGCAAUGGAGUGUGUACUUCCAAUUUGACGUGCCAUUGUAAAUCUGGCUACAACCCUCCAGAUUGCCAAACACGUAGCAGAGAAUCUUCUAGAUUGCCUGGGAAACAGAGUUUAAUCAUGGAAAGAGCUUUUAGGAAGGCUGAAAAAAACUGGUGGUUUCUAGGUCUCUACAUUGGUUUACCUGUUCUCGUCAUAGCAAGCAUAAUAGCGGUUGUAUGGAAUAAUUUGAAAAAGUGGCUCACCAAGGAAGAGGAAGCCCUAAGUAGCAACUCGGAAGGCAGCACUCACACAUAUGCCAGCAGUUCUGGAUCAGAAAGCAGCAGCCAAACAGGUCCGGUCAGAUUCAAAUCACAGGAAAGCACCCAAACACAUAACAGUAGUAACUAGUAAUUCCUUCAGAAGGCAAUGGAUAUCACCGAGAGUCUCAC